AUGUAUUCGUUCCGGCAAUUCGCGUCGUCAAACCGCAUCCCUCUCCUUGCAAGCGGGCGACCAGCAAGACUACAGCUCCGAGAUGCGUGCAGCGACGAUCAACGGGAGGAGGAAGUAGUAGCAGCAGCAGGAAGGUUGCUGACAGGGCCAUUAUCAGCAGGGAGCAGUUCCGGCGGCAAACGAGGCAAUCUAGACGGGCGGGUGAUCCGUUUGGUGGUGGCAACAACGUCCAAGGUGGUCAGGGAUACAGGGGGUGAGUUGAUGACGGUGGUAGCAGCGCCAGGGGUCAGACCAGGCAGGGGUACGAGAGGGUAA